AUGGGGAUGUGCAAGAUCGUGUCGAGGGGGAUGGGCCAGCUCAGGCUCCACCCAGUACUAUUGUCCCCCCCAGUGCUUCAAGAUACCUUGGCUCGUAUGUUAGGAAUCCUAGAGGGGAUGUCCCAGGCAGGAGCUUUGCCUGUCACUUCUGAUGGCUCACAGACCCGUUUUGGAGGUCAAACUCCAGACCCGAUAGUUGCUCCAGAUUCUCAGACUCCCAGGACUCAGCCAGCUGCCGCUGUAGCUCCUCGUUUGGAUAGUAUGGAGUUUCCAGAUAUGACAUCACAUUUGGUGAACAGGCCUUCUAUGACUAUUGAUGAGCAAAAGAUGUUUGGGAGGUUCAGACUAAUGAAUCCUCCUACUUAUACUGGUGACUUAGCUGAGGAUGCAUAUGAAUUUAUAGUUAGUUGUCAUGCGAGGUUGCAUAAUCUUGGAUUAGUGGAGUCUCAUGGAGUUUACUACACAGCGUUUCAGAUGACUGGCUCUGCUAAUGAAAGGGAGCGCAAGAGGGCCGAGUUUGAGGGUCUGCAGCAAAAUGGUAUGUCAGUUGAAGAGUAUGAGGGUAAAUUUCAUGCCUUGGCUAGGCAUGCUUCGAUGAUACUUCCCACAGAGGUUGAGAGAGUGAGAAGGUUUGUUAAGGGGCUGAUUAUUCCGAUCCUUCUAGGAGUUUCUCAAGUUGCUGCUUCUGGUGUUCCAUUCCAGAAAGUGGUAGAUGCUGCUAAGGAGUUGGAGAUGAUUCGACGUGAGGGAUUUGAGAAGCGAGAGGGAAAGAGGACUCGUUAUUCAGGUGAUUAUGGUGGUGCUCCGCCUAGGAGUCGGGGUUACUUGGGCAGAGGUUAUCACCCUCAGUCCAGCAGACCCAUUCAUGCUGCUAUACCAGCGUCUGACGCUGGUUACGCUUGGCAUAACUCUUCGAGCUCGGUGCAUACUUCGCAGGGUUCACCUUCUAGACCUGUAGUUCGUGUAGGGCAUUCUUGUCAUUCAGGUUCCUCUCAUCAGCCUGCGUCUCGUAGGGGCUGUUUUGAGUGUGGUGAUAUGGGACACUUUGUGAGAGACUGCCCUAGGACCAGACGUGGUGGCUUACAUCAGGGUUCUCAGGCUUCGACUUCCAGGGCUGCACAACCUCCAGCUAGGGGUGGUGCACGGAAUGGUAGAGGUGGUUCUCAUUCAGGUAGAGGUGGUUCUCCUUCUGGUCGAGGUGGUGGUCGUGGAGGUUCACAAUCUGAUGGAGGUCGUUCUCACUGUUAUGCUUUUCGAGGUAGGCCAGAGGCUGAAGCCUCAGAUGCUGUUAUCACAGGUAUUAUUCCGGUUUGUCAUCGACCAGCUACUGUAUUAUUUGAUCCAGGCUCUAAUUAUUCUUAUGUGUCCACAUAUUUUGCUCCUAGUCUAGAUAUAUAG